AUAGUUGCGAACAUCAAAAUCCUUUUCUUGAGCGGUUUGUUCUCUCCAGAUUUUAAUUAAAUCAUUCCGUAAAAAUUAAAUUUUCAAAGAAAAUUUCCAAUAUAGCACGCUUAUGGUUGUGUAUGGCUUCAAAUAUUACCGUUGUGUAAUCUAUAUGAAUUACUCGUCCGGACAACGAAACCCGGAAGGUGGGCAAAGGUGGGCAAAAAAAGUUACAGAACUUCAAAAAUUGUAUAGACUCUUAAUUCUUAAUUCAAAUGGUUCUCCAGUGUUUAUUGGGUAUUGUUAACAAAAAAUUCUUUAAGUGUUGCAUAUACACAUAUAGUGCUGACAACUGUUGACAAUUCUCAAAAAAAAUAAACUCGGUUGAAAACAAACAGAGCUAAAACACGUAAUCUUAAAAAAAUUGCAUUAUGUGCAAAGUCCUGGAAUCAUCUUUUGCUUUGAAAAGACUGCUCUGUUAAGCUGGAGAAAUUUUCUCAAAUGAAAUAAAUUGGGUGGUUUCAUAGUUGUCAAUCAUUCCUUAUAACUGUGAAAAGUCCAGUUUGUCUCUUAAUUGCAUUCAAAUUUCAACCAAAUGUCCACCUAGAUGGAUCAUUUUUACCACUGUGCGGCGCCCCUGGGCAAGAUUGCAAGUGGCGCCUCUAAAAAAAAAUUCAUCUAAAAACAAUUUUUUAAAAUCACGAAAAAAAGCAAUAGCAGAUUAUGUCUUACCUCUCAUACUUGUUAAUGCAUUUAUUAAAAAUGUGAAGUGUAUUAACUUAAAAAGGUUAACUUAAAAAAAAAAUUAAUUAUUCAUGUCAUUUAGGCUCAAUUGACAAGACUACCUUUAUCUCUGACUUUUUUGUUUAAACACAUUUAAAGAUUAGGUACAGUUGGUUUUAUUUGAACAAUAUUUUUUCAAAAACUUUUUCAACUAGGUACAUUAAUGUCGUUUUCGAUUGGAAUCACUCAAUGAUUCACUCAUUCUGAAAUCCAAUAAAAAACUUUGAAUCGCUUCCACCCAAUUCUAAAAUUUAAUAUCUGUAUUGGUGAAAAAUCAAAUAUUUUGUUUUUGUUUUUCCACUAGGAGAAUAAAAAACUUGCAGCACGCUUCUUAAUGAUUCCAGGCGCUUCCGGACAGCCAAUCGAAAACAACGUACCUUUAUAAGUAUAAGGUUUGUUCGUUGUGAGCUCUAGGGCACUCUGGGUCGCUCCAAAUUCGUUGUCAAGCGUUUUUUGUAGCUCUUUUUUCAACCAGAGUUAUUUCCUCUGUGUUCGAUGUUCGCUGAUGAAACUAAAGCUCUGAGGUGUUCGAUGUAAAAUGAAAACCCGAGAAACUCUGAUUUUUUUCACAGUUAAUUGAAAUGACUUAGAGUGCCCUGGAGGGGGGAACAACGAAUAGACCUUUUUUUUUAUUCUCACACACAAACGUAGUUUUUAUGAGAAAUGGAGAAGCUGUCAAUUUUGGCAUUUCUGGAUUUUGGGUUUUCGGGAUUUUGUGUUUUUGGGUUUUCGGAAUUUAGGGUUUUCUGGAUUUUGGGCUUUCUGGAUUUUUAAUUUCGGGAUUCUGUCCGUCUCCCUUCUCUUUCCUUAUUCAUUAUUAUAGGGGCACCUUUGCAAAAAUUAAAUUGGUAGGAGGAAUAUUAGGAUUGCUUUAGUCUUUCAAAAGAAAUUGGGGCGCCUUGUUCUUCAAAGAUGAACGAAGAUUUUGGACACCAUUGUCCUUCCGGAAGCCAAAUAAAUUAACCCAAAAUUGGGGGGCGCCUUCAUUCUUCAAAAAGUUUAGGACAAACAAUACGAGCGCCGUUGAAAAUGUAAAAUAGAAAAAAAUUGGGGCGCCUUUGUGAAUGUAAAAAAAAAUAAAACAUCGAUUGAAAAGACUUCGUUAUUUAUAUAACAUUUGUAAAAGUUCGGGGCGCCUGCGGCGCCCCUCAAUUCUUGCGCCCCUGGGCGACGGCCCAGGCUGCCCCCCCCCUAAAACCGGCUCUGGGGUGACCCAAAGUACAAAUUAAUGAAUUCAAUUAAUAAAAAUCUAUAAAAAUACAUACAAAAUUUACAUUUCUAUAAUUAAUUUAGGGCCAAUUUUUCAAUAGUCAGUAAACAGUCAGUUAGUACUUAUUGCCCAGAUAGAGAGAAAAUCAAUUUUUCAACAGUCAGAUAUAGCUUAUUCCUAGGAAUAAAACAUUUAUUAGAGGAAUAAAACUAUCUGCUUCUUUCAGAGGCGAAUAAAACUUAUUCUAAGGAAUAAUCUCAACAAUUUGUCAACUGUCAGAGCUCUUUUGAAAAUAUAGAUAAAAUGGAUUUCUUUGAGAUUAUAGAUGACCAUAUAAUUGAAGAAGAGAAUGCAAACGGUUUAUUCCAUUUUCAAGGAAAAAGAGGGUAGUCAGAUAUAGGCCUAAUCAUUUUUUGAAAUGGGAAGACGUGGAUUUUCGAAGAAGAUUCCGAUUAAAAAAAGAUACGGUGGAGUAUCUCCUGACAUUAAUAGAAGAUAAGAUUGUGAACAAAACUGAAAGGUAAGAUUACUAGAUGACUUCAACAAAAAUAUAAUUUUCAAACGUGUGUUUGUUCCCACUCUAAUUUUCUUCCCAUAGAAAUCAGAGUGUUCCUCCCCUAUCACAACUAUUAAUAGCUCUCAGAUUCUAUGCAUCUGGAAGUUUUUAUAUUUCAAUCGGGGAUUUUGCGGGUGUUGAUGCAUCUACAGUCUGCAACAUAAUUAAAAGAGUUACGGGGGCCAUUGCCACUUUGAGGCCAAGAUAUAUUAAAAUGCCAACUACACAAAACGAAAUAUUAUCAGUUCAACAAGACUUUUUUCAACUCGCAAAGUUUCCUAGAGUUGUUUCAGCAAUUGAUUGUACUCACGUACGAAUUAUUUCACCAGGUGGAGAUACAGCUGAAAACUUCCGAAAUCGAAAAGGUUAUUUUUCAAUUAACGUUCAAGUUUUGUGCGCAUGUAAUUUAAAAAUUCAAGAUAUCGUUACGAGGUGGCCUGGGUCUACACAUGAUAGCCUCAUAUUCUCCAAUUCUGCCAUCAAAUAUCAAUUCGAUAAUGGGCGUUUUAGAAAUGGCAUUUUGCUAGGCGAUGGUGGUUAUUUUUCAAAUGAUUACCUAAUGACUCCAUUGAAUGACCCUCAAACAAGAGCAGAACGCCUGUAUAAUGAGUCCCAAAUUAGAUCAAGAAAUGUUGUCGAGCGAUGUUUUGGAGUGUGGAAGCGACGAUUUCCUGUUUUAAGCAUCGGAAUGCGAUGUAGCUUACCCCUCGUUCAAGAUGUUAUCGUUGCAACUGCAGUAUUGCAUAACAUGGCUAUCGACAAAAACGAAGAUGAACCACCAGAAGAUCCGGAAGUAUAUAUGCAGCCUGAUGAAGUUAUUUCAGAAGAACAGUUAAAUUUUUCAAUCACUCGCAGUGGAACAAGAGAAAGAGACAUCAUUUUAGAAUACUUUGAAUCUCUUUCAUAA